AAUUUACAAUCGUUUAGAAUAAAUGAGACUACCGACUAAAGUUCUUGCAUAGUAUUAAAUCAUCGGUAUAGGAUUUACGACGAGCUUAACAAGUAACUAAUCAUGACGACAAUGGAUUCUGAUUCCGAAAGCCAAGACAGUGACGACGGACGACGGUUUCGUUUCGAAGCUACUCGUAAAGACACUGUACAAGGGAAACUAUCGAGGUCAGAAUCGGAACAGGAGUUUGGCUGCAAUGCUGCUGGAUUAUACGAAGACAGAAAAGACAAACCUAAACAUAGCUGUAACAGGGGAGAGCACAGACUUCUGAGAGACCAAGAUAUCAAUGAUAAAGAUUCGAAGCACUCCACCAGGAACUCGAGACAUUCUUCGGAGUCAAGAAGCUUAAGACACGAGGAUAAAGAGCAUAGGAACGCGAGGGAUUCCGGUACGGAUUCGAAGCACAAAACUAGGUCGAUGAAACGCCAUAAGAAUAGGGAUCGGAGCGAGCACCGAAGCAACAGGUCCCAGGAACGGUGUCGUAGCAGAAACGAGAACGAUAGAUUUCAAAGUGACAAGCACAGAAACAAAUCUCGUGAUAAGUGUAGACACCACUCUUCCGAAAAGAGUCACGAUAAGUCUCAUAUAAGAUCCGCGGAUCACGGUAAGCCUCGAGGAGAAUCGGAGAAAUGCAACACGUAUAGGAAGAUGUCAACUAAGGGGAGUGAGGAGCAAGAGUACUCGUCGAAACACAUAGAACAGAGUCGUAGCGGUCACGAAGAAGAAAUGAAAAGAGAUCUUUCGGCGGAGAGUCAGGAGUUGAACUUAUCUGAAUUCGAUAUUUUGUCGGAGACCGAUGGGAACAUGUCUGACAGCUCGGACGUUAAAAGUAAGAGUCCGCCGUCGAAAAAGAGGAAUUUAGACGAUGGAUACGAGAACGCGUCGAAAAAGCAACUGAUUAACGAAUUCGAACCGUUUGAAGGAUCGUUAAAGGUAAAUGAGAGGAAAGACGAUGUGUUACAUGGUUCCAGUAAUAAUCAUUCUGGUACCAUUUCAGAUUCCACAUUAGGUACCGGAAGUAUGAAUGUUAGCGAACGAACUUCCUUAAGCGCUGAUAAUAGUGAAUCAAUGAAAGCAACGAAUAUUGCACUGUCGGAAGAAAAGAUUAUCAUUUAUGGACCGCCGUUACCGCCGCAACUUUUAGCUAAUUCCUCGAACGACACGGAACUCGAAAACGAUAAGCAUUUCAUAGGACCUAGCUUGCCAAAAAGUGAUGAGAGUGAAACAAUCGAAAAUCCUACAUUGAGUGAUGACGCGACGCACGAAGAUUCUGAUUCUGUUUUUGGUCCAGCAUUGCCACCCCAUUUAUUAAAGCAACAAAGUAACGACGAAACGGUCAGGAGAGUCAUAGGUCCUACGCUCCCAAGUGAUUUCCAGUCAUUCAAUAGUGACGAGAUAAAUCAGAUGGAGACGGACGAAAAAGAAGAAGAAGAAGAAGACGAUAUCGGUCCAUUACCUGCCGAUCAUCCAGCAUUAGAAACUAACUAUGUCCAUAAACAAUUGGAACGAAGAGCACAACGAAUUAAAAACGAACAGAAACACGAGGAUAAUAAUACGUUGAAUCAACGAGAGGAAUGGAUGACCGAGUUACCGUCGGCUCAAGUCAAUAACUUAGGGCUGACAUCAAGAAAAUUCCGGAUCAAAGAGGGACCAGAUAUGACUGACAGAUCUUGCUGGACUGAUACCCCUGCAAAAAAGGCUGAGAGAAAGAGGCGACAAGAAGAAGAGAAACUGUACGAAGCAUCGAGAACAGUGACCACCGAAAUGCCUAAGAAGAAUGAAACCGAGAAGACAAAGGGUAAAAAAUCCGAAAAGUCACUUUUAGAGAUACACCAGAGCAAACUGCGAAAGAAAAAAAAGAAGGAAGAGAAGGAAGCUAAAUCAUCUGGCCUGACGAUUAGAAGACCGUUCGACAGAGAUACUGAUUUACAAAUCAAUCGGUUCGAUCAGACUCGAAAAAAUGCUAUUAUCAAUAAAGCACAAUACUUGGAUGAAAGGUUCUCCCGUGGAAAAUUUUCAUGAAAUUAAAUUACGUAUUUUACUUAAUUAUUGAAAUGAAACAAACCAAUUGUAAAUUAAAUUAAUUUGAUGUAAGCAAUGUUGCUUAUAAUGAGUGCCUUCGACUAUAAACGUUCAUUUAAGAUCAAACUCUUCUGUUCUUUGUUUUUAAGCAACACUUCUUUCAUAAUUUAUUCAACGCUCUUGAUGAUCGCGGUUGUAGGGAUUGUUUGAACGUAGUUCUUUUGAAGUUAUUCUGUCGACAAGUACGAAGUACCAUAAUAUAAAUUUGAUUAUGUGAUUUGUGGAUAUUAAACUGCUAGGCACGUGUAUGUACAUUCUGUUCUCGACACUGACUUCUUAAAUAAUUCAUCGUACUAACUCGAACGUCUGUAUUUAUAAGGACUUGUAUGUUUCAAAAAUGAUCAUUCGUCAUAUCUGUGAUGUGUAUACUAUGCAUAACAUUCUAUAGUAUGAAAUAUAAGUAAAAAAGAAUCAAACGUA